AUGACGCUGGGGCCAGAGGAAGAAAACCAUAAUCUGGUUGGCCCCUCUUAUCUACUCUCUAUCCCAUGGCAGGUCCCAUACACAAGGACUGUGGCCUUGACCAUUGGUUCUUCAGUGACGAUCAGGGACACCUACUAUCGCUUUCGUGUGAACCCUCAACUGCAAGUGGAUUUCCAUACUGAACCCAGUGAGAAGUCUGACAUCGCCUUCCAUUUCCGAGUCUACUUUGGGUAUUCUGUGGUCAUGAACACUCGUCAGAGUGGAAAGUGGGAUGAGGUGAAAUCUUCCACGAUGCCCUAGGAUGGCAAACCAUUUGACCUGCGCAUCUUGGUGCUCCGCAAUGAGUACCAGGUAAUAGUAAACGGAGAACAGUAUUACAGCUUUGCCCAUCGAAUCCAGCCAAGCUCUGUGCAGAUGGUUCAGGUGUGGAGAGACAUCUGCCUGACCUCUGUGGAUGUCGUCUAGAUAAAGUGACCAGUCUCC